CGGCUGGGCGGGGCUGCGGGCGGAAGGCGCCGCGAGGCGCGGGGAGGGGGCGGUGCUGCGGGCGGGGGCGCGGGAGGCGUUGCCGGCACCGUCCUGGCCCGUCCCGCCUUGCCGUGCGCGAUGGCUCCCCCCAGGAAGGGCGACCUGAGCCCGGAGGAGAAGGACUUGCUGGCAGUGAUCGCCACAGGAAACACCGAUGAGGCUGGAAGACUACUGGGCAGCAAGAAUGUCCGUGUCAAUUGCUUGGAUGAGCAUGGCAUGACCCCUCUGAUGCACGCAGCCUACAAGGGGAAGGUGGACAUGUGCAGGUUGCUCUUGCGACACGGAGCUGAUGUGAACUGCAAUGAACAUGAGCAUGGAUACACUGCCCUGAUGUUCGCUGGACUUUCAGGAAAUAAAGAAAUCACCUGGAUGAUGUUAGAGGCUGGAGCAGAAACUGAUGUUGUCAACUCUGUGGGAAGGACAGCAGCUCAGAUGGCUGCUUUUGUGGGUCAACAUGACUGUGUGACCGUCAUCAACAACUUCUUUCCACGUGAAAGGCUGGACUACUAUACUAAACCACAAGGCUUAGAUAAAGAACCAAAACUGCCAGUAAAAUUAGCUGGCCCUCUGCAUAAAAUUAUUACUACUACCAACAUGCAUCCUGUUAAGAUUGUGUUGCUGGUAAAAGAGAACCCUCUGUUGGCCGAAGUAGAAGCACUGCAGAAAUGUUACAGGGUUCUGGAUCUCAUUUGUGAGAAAUGUAUGAAGCAGAAAGAUAUGAAUGAAGUACUUGCUAUGAAAAUGCACUACAUCAGUUGCAUCUUCCAGAAAUGUAUUACAUUUUUAAAAGAGCGAGAGGAUAAACUAGAUGGAUUUAUUAAAAGUCUCUUAAAAGGGAGAGAUAAAGAUGGUUUCCCUGUGUAUCAAGAGAAGCUAAUUCGAGAAAGUAUCCGAAAGUUUCCUUACUGUGAAGCUACAUUGCUCCAGCAGCUUGUGAGAAGUAUUGCUCCUGUUGAAAUAGGUUCUGACCCUACAGCUUUUUCUGUACUUACACAAGCGAUAACUGGCCAAGUGGGUUUUGUGGAUGCUGAAUUCUGUACAACUUGUGGGGGAAAGGGAGCAGACAAAAGAUGUUCAGUAUGUAAAAUGGUGAUGUACUGUGACCAGAACUGCCAGAAAAUACACUGGUUUACGCACAAAAAGGUCUGCAAGACCCUGAAGGAAAUUCAUGAGAAACAAGAACUAGAAGCUGCCAAAGAGAAAAGGAAACAGGAAAAGAAGCAAAAGAAAGAUGAAAUGCAACUAGUAGAGAGUAGUUCUACAAGUGAACAACAGUCAGAUCCUGGUCCAGAUCCUACAAAAGAAGUUGAUCCAAAUAAUCCUACUGACCGAACAGAAGAAUCUGAAAUUACCAAAGAGAUGGAGGCACUCGCCCUGCACCCUGAAAGUCCACUGGAAAGUGAGACUGGCUUAGCUGACAUUAAUCUUCAGAAAAUUCAAGAUUCUGAGGAGUAAGAAGAGGGUAGGAAGGGACCGAGGAUUCUCAAGGGUACUAAACAUUUUUUAUGCUGACCAUGUCUGAGUUCUUAGAUCAUGGCUUAUGCAAGACUUCCUUUGAAAGAGAGAAUGUCUCUGUUCAUCAUGAGAUGAAAUACUGGCUACUUUGUCUAUAAAUACUCCAGAUUCUGUUGUAAAUUGUCAAAAUAGGUAUUUAUUAUCUGCUAAAAACUAGAGUGGCAUAGAUCCAUCUGUAUGUAUACCAGCAGUAAGCCUAGUGAAAUUCUAUGAGUAUCUCCUGUUAAUGAACCACUUAGUGAAAAAUGAAAAUCAUUUGAUUUGGAUUAUUCAUGUUUUCAGAACCUAAAAUUUAUUUUAAUUGUAAUUUAAAUAUUUUUUUCCUGCAAGUACAUAGAUCUGUAGUUAAAAGCACUGGGAAGCCAACUGUUAAAUUGCCUUUUUUCUCCACUUUAUGAAGCUUAAUCUGAAGGCAUUCAGUAGCAGUUAAGCUUCUGAAGAUACUCGUCUGAACU